CCUGGAGAAAGAAACGCCGGCGUGCAUAAAUUACUCGAAUUAUGUGUAACAUAAAUCGUGCAUGGUGCAAGGUUACCUUGGUCUAUCAAAAGCAGUCACGGCGCGGUCUUCCCAGAUGGAUCAGUCGCCCCAGGCGAGUUUGGGUCCGAAACGCGGCCGCAAUGUGCUACAACGAUACAACACGACGUCCGGCGCGACGCCGCCGAUUGUCCCCCAGAUCAGGAUAACGCCGCGCCCCAGGUCGCUCAACUUGCACAACGAAAUCGCGCCGCCGAAUUUCGCCACCGGCGGCGGCGAAUUAACGCUAAGUGUGAUAUCGCGUGACCGUUCCUCGCCGCACUUCCUGCAGGUGCCCCCGUUACCGUACCAGCCGUCGGAGCGCUCGCAAAGCAUCGCGAGCUGUUGCAGAUGCGAGCUCGAGGAGACGCCGAAGAACUUGCUCUCGUGGCGGCGUCUGCACAUGUCGCGCGCGAAACUAAAGGCGACCUCGACGACAUCCGAGCUCCUGUCCGGCUUCGCCAUGGUCGCGAUGGUCGAGUUGCAAAUCAACGAAGGCACCGCGGUGCCCGAAUGGCUCUUCGUCAUGUUCUCCGUGUGCACGACCGUGCUGGUGGCCGUCCACAUUUUCGCCCUCAUGAUUUCGACGUACAUUCUGCCGAAUAUCGACGCGAUCUCGAAGCUGGAGGUGAGCGAGCUCGUCAGCGAGAGCCCGCACGAGCGCAUGAAGGGCUUCAUCCAACUCGCGUGGGCGUUUUCGACAGUUUUAGGUAACUUAGGUAAUUGUAACCGAUGCGAUUUCGUAGGUCUCUUUCUGUUCUUGGUCGAGGUCGCCAUCUUGUGCUGGGUGAAGUUUUGGGAUUACUCGUUUACUGCCGCAAUUGCGGCGACCGUAAUCGUGAUACCUGUGCUCGUCAUUUUUGUGCUUUUCGUCGUUCACUUCUACCACUCGCUGGUGGCGCACCGAUGCGAUACGUCGGUCGAGGACCUGGAGGGAUUGGAAAAUAUGAAGAAGCACCUGGAUCACGCGUCUAGUCCAGUUUAGAUUAUUAAACAAUGUAAUUAAAAUAGUAUACGACUUCUGGAGUGCC